GCACAUAUUUUAUCUAUAAAAAUUCUUUCGCUAGCAAUUUUUAGACCAUUGCAAUUUUAUCUCGUACUGGACGUGACAAACAUGACAAAUCACGAAAAGGAAUUGCACUAUACGCAAAAUAAAUGUAUAUACAUGGAAGGUAAAGAACCAUGUAGAAUUCCUGUUCCAGUUGACCGAUGUCCACUUAAUAAAUUAUCUAUGUUAAAUGGUGCUGGUGAUGCAAGUGAACUCCAAAAAGUAUAUGCUGAACAUAUAGCUUCGUUGGUUGAUCUACGCUGGCAAUUACUAGGUACCGAGUCAACGGGAAAAGCAACUCUAUCCGGCAUUACUUUAACUCAGGAUAUGUUAUAUCUGGUCAGAAUGAGUCCUCUACAGUGAGAUGCGUAUACUAUUUAUACACUAUUUACCAUGCGUAUGUAUAAAAAAAAACUUAAAAUUACUAAACAAAUUCAACAUUUUCCAGAAAUAACUAUCAACGAUAUUAUUGUAAAAGCACAAGAAGAACUGUCGUGUGCUUUGGGCGAAUGCAUAAGUGUUGGUGUGGGAGUGUGCAAUGCUCUGGAGCAUCCGCUGAGUGAUCUUACAUUGUCCAUUAAUUUCUAUCAGGACCAUCAUAAUGGAGUGAAUAAUUAUCAGUUGGAAACAAGAUUAUCCAGCUGGAGCAAAUAAGGUCAUGCUGCCUACUGUGUGUCACAACUUUAAUAAAUACAAUUUAUUAAUAUUA